AUGGGAAAAGGAAGGUCCAAGAAAGUACCAAAUGCUAAGAGUACCAGAUCAUCUACUCGUACCAGUUCUAGUCCAUAUGCUAGACCUAGACCCAGAAAUGCCACAAAUAAUAUUCAAGAUGAUAAUGGUGCCAAGGUGACAAGGCCUACUACAAGUACUGUUGUUAAUGGAAAUGAUGAUGUUAGUUAUGUAGAUACAGACACAGCAAAUAAUGUCAAUAAUGAAACACCAAUUUUACCCUUGGGGGAUCCAGGUAAUGUGUUUAAUGCUUCUAAUAUUGAGGGGCCUGUAAACUUUGAUUGUGGGCUUACUCCUUUAAUUGCUGCUGACGAUAGUCAGCAGAAUAGUGGAACUGUCAUUUCCACUGUUAUUAACACACCAGAUCCUGUUGAGAGUACACAUAGUAUUCUUGGAUGCAAUGUACCCCUAUCAACAAGGCAAAAGAUAUGUCAGGGUGAAUAUGUGGAUUUAGCACUUAUGCUAAGGACCACAACUAAGGAGCCUGAAAGACCCCUAUCCAUAAGUCACACUGGGGAGCUAAUUUCUAAAGAGAAGAUAUCAUCUAAGAUAUUAGAUAUAGAAAAGUGGACGAAUGCAUUUAUCAUAUUUAUGAGUAUAUACAUUUCUGCACAUCCUUGUAAAUCUCAAGAUCUUCUCAAAUAUAUGAGAUCUGUGCGCUUAGGGGCCUCUAGAUCCAGGGGUAUGGGAUGGAAAUUUAGAUUAAGAAAAGCCGCUGACCCUACUAGCUCAUGGGGUAAUGUUGAUUAUGAGCUUUGGCUAAUAUAUAUGGCUAAUAAUACCAAUAAUCCAAAAUUUCAAACUGCAAAUAAAUUUCAUUCAGGUUUUUCUACAACUGGAAAAUGA